AUGGAUGUCUUCAUAUCGGAAGAGUAUGUCAACCGCCGGAGAAUGGAGAAAAAAGCUGCCGCAGUUGCUGGAAAAAAUCUGAGACUAGGCUUUUGUACAAGCAAUAAACCGGAAAAGAGAAAAACCAAUCCUCGGAUGUCGGAAUCUCGACCGGAGAAUGAGUUUCUGCUCACAGGCGGUGGUGUUUUCGAGAGUUUUGUGUUCCACUGCUUCUCGCCGUAA